AAAUGGUUUACACUAGACAAAAUCACAAAUUCACGAUGGAUUGUAACGCAACAAAACUUGUCACAAUGAUUUCCCAGCUGCAGUAUGAACUGGAUGUCGCUAAACGGCGAUUGCAGGUGGAAAAAUCGGAAAAAGAGCAGGCCUUAACCAGAUUGAGUUCAAUAGCUGGAUCAAAGCUUGCAUACAAUAACCCCGGAAUAACUGAUUUAUCAGACAAGAACAGGCCUCAGAAGUUGGGAGAAAAGUUCAGUGAACUAUAUGACAAUGAAUGGACAGAUGCCAUUGAUUCACUCACAGAAACUAUGGAUGAAGAGGAGGCAAUUCUAAUGCUAAGGGACGUUCUCAGAUAUGUCUACGAGAAAACGAAAAAAGCAUCUGAGGAGCAGUAUCGAAAUCUUCAAAUGGCUCUGUUUCAGAGAGAUCUAAGAAAUUCGGAGACACAAAGCUUCAUACAAAUCUACAGGAAAAUCACAGAACUACAGAAAGAAGUUUCUGCGUUAUCCAUCAGUAAUACAAAGCAGUUUUUAAGAGAAGAUACAGGUUUCAUGCAGCCAUAUGAAAUUGUUGUAAAUUGCUGUGAACCCUUUAUUGAUAAAUGUGUGGAGCUUUGCUGGAUGAUGCAUAUUCAGGACCCGCCUAUGGUUUUAGAUUUUGGAUCUUCAGAAAUAGUUGACAAAAAUGCCUUCAGACUUUUUACUAGAAGUGGUGAUGUCGUCGACUUUUUCGUGUGGCCUGCAGUAUUACUACACGAAAAUGGUCCUCUCGUACAGAAGGGUGUAGUUCAACCCAAAAAGUCAAAAUCAAAAACUAGAGAAAAAGAUCGUUGAAAGUUUUUGAAAAAAUAUCAAUUUUUCAGCAUAAUCCUUUGUGGAAUAAAUACAGCUUCAUGUUGUCUCGAUGGUCUGAAAUUUCAAAAAGAUCAAUCCAAAGGGAACAGUGAUCUGCAUGUGGACUGGUUAUGAUGCUGGAACAGUGACAUAUGUUACUGAAAAGGCAAACUAGCCUUUUGUCUUGAAUAUUUUCCUUCAAAUAGGAACAUGUGCAAUGUUUUCAAAAGUGCCAAUAUUUCUUUUUAAAGAAAGUUUAGCUGUUUUGUUUAUUUAAUUGUUAAGUUUUGUUACAUCUUUGAAUUUUACAAAUAAACAUUUUGAAUAAGCUGUGCUA